AUGAGGCUUCCCAAUACCCACGGACAGAGACGCUACGAUUCCACCCGCCUGUCCGCAGAGGUAUCGUUGGAGCGUUUGCACAAUAGUACACAUUGCGCUACCCGAAGGUCCCCGCACGUGGCAAGAACGAUCGGAGAAAUCGUCACCAUUCACAAGCACCUCGCCGGUGCAUCGUUUGAGACCAGCAAAACACCCCGCACGGGCAGCAUCGUCCGCCGAAGCGUCGGCAGUAUCGGUGUCCGCAUUCGGACAGCCAAUCUCGAGAGCAGAAACCGUGACUGCAUCGGCGUCACCUACAAACACGUCGGCAGCAUCAGCAUCGUCCUUCUAAUCGCCAGCAGAAGCAGCAUCAGCAUCCCGUCACCCGCCGGCCGGCAAACCACACACAACACACACAUUGAUCCGCUCCUGCCGAUGAACAAUACGAUAAGUUUCAUGAAACUUCCGGAGGACCUGAUAGCGAUACCUUGUAAUUGGAUCUUCAACAACAAGUGGUUUCAGCUAAAGAUGCUGAUUUGGUUACGAGGAAACAUACUCUCCGGCACCCCAACUGCCCUGCGUGCAGUUUUGGCAGUGGCAAAUAAGGAGCAUAUGGUCGUACAUCACAAAUUUAUUAAAUACAAAAAUCGGAGGAUGGAUCUUUUAGAGGAAGAUGGGCAAGACCUUGAUGAUACUUCGUUAGCUGGUGCCGAAGAAGGUGCAAGUAUGCUCGAAACUGGGAUCAAGGCAGAUGCCAGCCGUAAAGCACGCGAUGAGUUUGAGAUGAAUUAUGUGAGGGUGAAAAGUUUUCUUCUUGCUGCCGAACGCACUGCCAAUCCUCCAUUACAGAAUCCAAUAGUACUUGCUCCUACGAACACUCAGUGGCUCACGUUUCGGGACACUUUUAAAAGCUUGAUCGAUUCCAAUCCACAGCUGUCGGAUAUCGAUAAGUUUUCUUACCUGGUCGCAUCACUUUCGAAGGAAGCGAAACGAGUUGUCGAAUCAAUUGAAAUUACUUCAGCAAAUUAUUCCGUGGCCUGGGACUUGCUGAAACGCCGUUUCGACAAUAAAAAGCUGGUGGUCAAAACAUAUCUCGAUUCGCUUUUCUCUGUAGAACCAGUCAGACGAGAAUGCUACGAUUCCCUCGUUAAGCUGAUAGACGAUUUCGAACGUAAUCUGAGGAUGAUCGAGAAGAUGGGGAUAGACAUUGAGGGUUGGAGCAUCCUACUGGCUCACAUGGUUUGUUCGCGUCUCGACUCGUCCACGUUGAAGCAGUGGGAAAAUUACAACCAGUCCACGGGGGCACCCGAGUACAAUAAUCUAAUCGAGUUUCUACGACGUCAUAGCACAGUUUUGCAAUCGAUCGCGCCAGGAAAAUCUCGUACCACCGAUCCUUCACGGUCGGAGCCCAUCCGGCCACAGAAGUCAAGGUUCAGUAGCAUACAUUCCGUUACCAGUUCAGCACCAAGGCCCUGUCCAUUCUGUAAGCAAUCGGCUCAUUCGCCAUUCAAAUGUGAAGCUUUUAGAAAUUCGCCAAUCCAGCAAAGGUACGAGUUAGUGAAGAGAAAGGCACUAUGUAUUAAUUGCCUCUCACCAGAUCACCAAAUCAAGAACUGUUCAUCCAGUGCGUGUCGUGUUUGUGGACAAAAACACCACACUAUGUUACACCAACAAACUAACAAUCGUAGUCCCAAUCUAAGCCAAGCAUCCAAAUCGGCUUCUAGUUCGCUCGUCUCUGAUCAAACUCAGUCCCAAACUCAGAACAAUCGAAACACGACUAAUGUUUCGAAUCAGACUUCCUCGCCAACUGUUCCUACCGACGUUCAAGUCCCAUCAACAUCGUCAUCGCUCAGCCAUUGCUCCACCUCCUUGGUUGCCAAUGUUCGUCAGAUUCCAUCGACUGUCCUACUGCAGACAGCGUUAGUGAAAGUUUUCGAUCCCACUGGAUACUUCUUAUGGGCUAGAGUUCUACUUGAUCCCGCAUCGCAGCUCAACGUUGUUUCUGAACGCUUCGUGCAGCGUUUAACUGUUCGAAAGGUCAAGGACCAUCACGUUAUUGGGGGUAUUGGCAAGGCCACUAUCCUAUCUACACACUCAAUCGUAGCUCGUAUUCAGUCACACUAUACUGAGUUCAGUGCAGAUCUUAAGUUCCAAAUUCUGGAGGAAAUCACUCGCGAACUUCCCAACAACGCCGUUGAUACCUCUGCGUGGGUUUGGCCUACUGACAUUGUUCUUGCUGAUCCUAAAUUCCAUGAACCGGCAUAUGUUGAUAUGAUCAUAGGAAUGGAGAUUUACUACGAUCUUCUCCUCGAAGGAUUAAUCCGGUUAGGCCCAGGAAAGCCGGUGUUGCAGCAAACUACCCUGGGUUGGGUAGUGUCCGGAAGAGUAGGAAUCCAGCAAUCUUAUCAAUCGACUCCAAGCCUCGUCAAUGUAUGUAGUACAGAACCGUUGGACGACCAACUAGCAAAGUUUUGGGAGCUAGAAUCUUGCCAGUCUUCGAGCAUCAUGUCCGUCGAAGAAACAGUCUGUGAGGCACACUUCGCUGCAACAACGAGCAGAGACGCUACCGGUCGGUUCGUUGUAGUUCUCCCAAAGAAGCCAUCCGUUAUGCCACUACUAGGAAACUCAUAUGAAAUUGCCAAACGCCGUUUUCUUUCCCUGGAACGUCGUCUACAAGCCAAUCCACUACUUCGGUCAGCGUAUGCGGCAUUCAUCGACGAGUACCGCAACCUAAAACAUAUGCAAGAAGUAACCGAGUCACAAAUCCUCACGUCCCCGGCCUACUAUCUCCCACAUCAUUGCGUCGUGCGUCCUGAUAGUCUCACCACCAAGCUACGUGUUGUAUUUGAUGCAUCGUGUACGACCGACACUGGCAUUUCACUGAACGAUGCAUUGAUGAUCUACGAGUUGAUGACAGUGACCUACGGCACCUCAGCUGCACCAUACCUGGCGACGAAAUGUCUGCAACAGCUUUCUAAACUAGGCCAAUCGUCGCAUCCUACUGCUGCACAAGUAAUUGCAAAUGAUUUCUAUAUGGACGACCUGAUCAGUGGCACCGACACAAUCGAAGAAGGAAAGAUUUUAUGCACGGAACUCCUACAAUUGCUUCAAUCUGCUGGGUUUAGUCUACGAAAAUGGUCGUCCAAUAGCCAAGAAAUCUUGGCACACAUUCCAGCCGAUCGUCAUGAUGAACGCACCGUACUCGACUUGGAUACAUCUCCUACUGUAAAAACCUUAGGGCUCAAGUGGGAGCCUGCUUCCGACAUGUUCGGAUUUCAAGUCCCAACGUGGAAUGAAGGGACCAUUAUCACGAAACGAAUCGCCCUGUCCGAUGCUGCUCGGCUCUACGAUCCUUUAGGACUCGUUGGACCCGUAAUCGUUCUAGCCAAGGUCUUCAUGCAGGAAUUGUGGAGGAACCAAAAAUCGUGGGACGAACCUCUAGAAGAUGAACUCCAACGACGCUGGCUGCAGUUCAGGACGGAACUAGUGGCAUUAGAAGACCUCACUGUUCCCCGAUGGGUUGUUUCUGUGCCGUUUCCGACAGUCAUCGAAAUCCAUGGGUUUUGCGAUGCCUCAGAAAAGGCUUACGGUGCUUGCAUCUACUUACGUACCGUGUCCGCUACUGGCGAUAUCUCCGUUCGACUUUUCACAUCGAAGUCAAAGAUAGCACCUCUUGGUGAUAGUAAGAAGCAGAAAAAGAUUUGCUUACCUCGCUUAGAGCUCUCAUCUGCACUGCUACUCAGCCACCUCUACCAGAAAGUUAAGGAGAGCUUAAAAAUGGAAGUGAAGAGUUUUUUCUGGACCGAUUCGAUGAUCGUGCUGCAUUGGUUAUCAGCAAACCCGUCCCGGUGGAAAACCUUCGUUGCUAACCGGGUCUCUGAGAUCCAACAUAUUACAAACAACGGAAUCUGGGCCCACGUCCCCGGCAUUGAAAACCCCGCAGACGUCAUCUCUCGUGGCAUGUUGCCAAGUCAACUAAAAGAAACUACUGUUUGGUGGGAAGGCCCUCCGUGGCUCAGCCAGACCGAACGCUUCAGACCACCUUUCGUUCGUACAAUCAACGAAAACUUUCCGUCAGAAUAUUUAGAAGAAAAAUCGUUGUCUCUGGCGGUCCAAGUAAAGGAACCCAGCUUCAUUUUUAGUCUACGCUCGUCAUUUAACGCUCUUAUUCGUCUCGUGGCAAAUUUGCUUCGAUUUUACCACAACUGCAUCCCGCAAAAUCGCACAAAUCGGAGGUCUGGUUUUCUGCAAACGAUCGAAAUCAAUGAAGCGAUAAAGGUACUAGUUCGAAUAGCUCAGCAGGAAACUUUCGCAGAAGAUAUAAAAGCCAUAACCGCUACUGGACAACUGAAACCUAGCUCCAGGCUGAAGAUGCUAGCACCGAUCCUCCGAGACAACAUCUUACGGGUUGGUGGCCGGCUCAGACACGCACCCGUUGCUGAAGACCGAAAACAUCCCAUGAUUCUUUCGUCGAACCAUCCGUUUACAGAGUUGGUCGUGGUCCAUUACCACGAGAAACUACUUCAUGCUGGUCCGCAAUUGCUAAUUGCAGCAAUGCGAGAAAGGUUCUGGCCCUUACGAGCACGCAACGCGGCCCGGAAAGCUGUACAUCGAUGUGUGAAAUGCUUUCGCUGCAAACCUACUAUCCUAGAACAACUGAUGGGAGAUUUGCCUGCUGAACGUGUGACUCCAACCUAUCCGUUUUUGAAUACCGGAGUUGACCUUUGUGGGCCCUUCUUCUAUCGCCACAACAACCGAAAAUCACCACCAAUCAAAAGCUACGUUGUUAUCUUUGUGUGUCUCGUAACAAAGGCUGUACAUAUAGAUUUGGUGGCUGACCUUUCUACCAACGCAUUCAUAUCAGCCUUGAAGCGGUUUGUCGCACGCCGUGGCAAACCAGCAGUAAUCGAAUGCGAUAAUGCAAAAAAUUUCGUUGGAGCAUCUCGCGUGCUAGGAGAUCUCUGUAAGCAGUUCAACUCUCAACAACAUCAGCACACUAUCAGCUCCCAUUGUAGCGAAGAAGGCAUCCAGUUUAAAUUUAUCCCUCCGCGAUCUCCAAACUUCGGGGGACUCUGGGAAGCUGCCGUAAAGUCGUUCAAGAAACACAUGAAGGCUUCGAUUGGUACAUCCGUCCUACUCAAAGAUGACCUUGAGACGCUCAUCACACAGAUCGAAAGCUGUCUAAACUCGAGGCCGCUAACCCAACUGUCAUCGGAACCCGAAGAUUUGGAAAUUCUUACGCCGGGUCAUUUCCUUGUUCAUCGUCCUCUUGUGGCCACGGCGGAACCAUCGUAUGAAGCAAUUCCAACAAACCGUCUGGAUCGCUACCAGCAAAACCAGGAGUUUGUACGACGCAUCUGGAAGCGUUGGAGCACCGACUACCUCUCUGGCCUGCUCCCACGUACAAAAUGGACGUUUCAGCGCGACAACAUAACCAUCGGAACGAUGGUGCUUGUGAAGGAGGACAACCUUCCACCCCUCAAAUGGCGUUACGGUCGCAUCACUCAAAUCUACCGUAGCGAUGAUGGAAACGUACGAGUGGUCACGGUAAAGACCAAGGAUGGCGAAUUCCGGCGCGCAAUAUCUAAUAUUUGCGUGCUACCUAUUGAACGCCCAGCAACUACUGGGGGUGAUGAUGUUCUCUCCAAUACCUAA